GCGUGACAGACACCGCUAUCGCCUACCUGCUUGCCUUCGGAAGUAAGCCGCCGGGCAUCGCUGGAACACGCUCAGGUGGGUUCAAAAGCUCAGUUGCUCUCUAGGCUAGGAGCAUAAAUAGGAGCUGUACAUGUCUAUAUUUCCUUCAAUGGGCUGCUGUCGCGUGCUGCUGCUGCUUGCUGGCUCAAUACGGUAUCCGGCUCAAUUCAAUGUUGACAUUCGAACAGCUCUCAAAAGGAGCCAAACACGACGCACCCCGAUCGACGCUUACCUCCAACAGGAGAACAGCCUGCAUUUUGCGUAAGGGAGCCGUCAAGCUCACCCGACGUAGUGCAACAUGAAGGGGAUUCACACCCACGUCGCCUUGCUCAUCGGCGCUGUAUGCUGCGCCCUCGUAGCGCACCCGGCCCUGGCCCGGCGCUCGCUCCUUGACAACCUGUCCACGAACGCACAGUACCUGUACGUUUGGGCGGGCCCCCAAGACAAAUCCCUGGGCGGCAAGGACAGCUUGUUCGUCAUCUCCCUGGCCGGCACCGAGUAUGGGCAGGUCGUGAACAUCGUUGCCACACCGUACGCCGGCAUCGAGCCCCACCAUUGCCGCGUCUCUCUGGACAAGAAGGUCCUGGGCUGCGGCGGCCUCCUCUCCCCCCUCGUCUCCGGCCCCAGUGUCGUAUUCUUUGACAUCAGCAACCCUCGCGUCCCCAAGAUGGUUGACGCGGCCAAGGUGCAACAGCCCCAGUACAGCGCCUUCGCUGACGAGUUCAUCACUACCCCUGAUGGCGGCUUCCUGGCGACCAUGAUGGGCUCCUCCACCGGUGGCUCGCCGGGCCGUGUGGUCAAGUACGACAAGAACUUCAACCUGUUGGGCGAGUACCCGACCAACGUGGAUGGCCUGACUGGCUUCAACCCGCACGGCAUUGCCGUGAGCUGGACCAAGAAGGCCAUGCUGACAGUGGAUUUCAUCGAGCCUGCGUCCACGCUCUCGUCAUCAGCGGUCACACGGACAACCGUGCGCCUGUGGGACAUGAGCGAUAUGAGCAUCAGCGAGACCAUCGAUGCCUCGGCGCUGGGCGUGAACGGGCCCAUGGACGCCGUCCCCAUCGCCGAGACCGGUGCGUUCUACUUCGGUGGCGGCAACGGUAACGUCUACUACCUCGACAGCGCGGGCUCGGCGCCGCACACGCCGGUGGUGGCUUGGGAUUCGCUGUUUGGCAGCACCGACCGCAGCAGCGCCGGCUGCAUUAUCUACUCCUUCCGGUCGGGCACCCGCCUGCUGGUGUCGUCCUACGUCCGCAACCAGGUCCAGCUGCUGGACACCACCAACCCCAAGCAGCCCAAGCUGCUGGACAUCCUGCAGUUCCCCACCGGCGCCGGCGCCCACGUGGUCCGCCUGAGCGAGGAUGAGUCCUUCGGCGCCGUCGCCACCUACUUCCUGGAUGAGACCUUGCUGAACGGCCUGGUUCGCCUGCCAGGUGACAGGACGGUGCGCAUGUUCUUCCUGAACGACAAGGCCUCCAAGUUUGUGGUCCCGAACCCGGGCAAGUCCGUGAUCGACUUCAAGACUUUGAUGGGAGCCCAGGGCAAGUUCCAACCUCACGGCGUCGCCAUUCUCUAAGCGAAGAAUCAGGCUUGCUGUGGAAGCAAUUCCCAUAGCUACUGCCAACUCGUUUAUGAAUCGGUCGUAAGUAUAAUAACGUAACGCUUUCGGAUGUGCGCGUGGGAGUGUGUCACGGUAGCCGUGACCUCGCACGAAGCAGGAUAACGGGACUGAUGUAUGGAUGAUGUAUGGCGUUCUCGGCAUACUGGUUAUAGCACACACGCCCAUUUACUGCUAGGUAUUAGUGAGGGCGACCAUGGAGCUCCGGCCAGUGUCCUUCGACAUCCUUUCAGUGCUCGUAUCUUGUAGAUGCCCUCAGGCACCCGGCAUCUACACAUGCGUAGAUGACCCUGACCGCGGCAUCUACACUUAAGCCCCCAAGCCCCCCAAAACGUCUACGCUUCCCCCAUUUUUGCGCCAAAACCGGCCAAAACCGUCUAGGCUGCGUAGAUGCGUGGCACCCAAACCCAAAUUUUUUUCUCCGCCUUCGGCGGAUUUGGGGCAGAUUUCUACAGUGUAGAUGGAAGAUGCGAGCACUGCAUCCUUUUGCCUUGGUACCAGGAUGGCGUGCCAGGAUGGCAUGUGAAAGUGUUACGUCCCCUGAAGACAAGUCCGCAAAUUUGGGUGGCGUCACUUUUGGUGGGGAUUUGCGGACUUGUGCACACAACGGCGACGUGCGCAGCGGAGGUGCUCAGCCAUGUCUAAUCCCAUGGAACCGGUGCCAGGGUAAGGCACCAGUGAUGGAAGGGUGCUGCCGUGCCUCGUGCCCAUGUCGUGACUACAGCUUCAUUGUGCCUUGGACACGAAGGGCAGGGGCGCAAGGCCAUGCCCAGGGGCCAGGGCGAGAGCACGAGCUAUGCAGCACAGUGAAGCCCACCACUGACAGCAGCAGGCAGGGAGGGGUGGGGUUUGAGCUGGAGCCUUGGAGGUUCAGGCCUUCAGGGGUAGAUGCGGCCUCACUGCGCCUUGGGUCCCAUGGCCCUAAGCUGCGUCCUCAUGCCCAUCAUGGUUCCACGGACUGGGAAACUUGACAAGCCAGGACAAGCAACACCCCAACCCGCCCGGCGCCCGCCCCUCGCUGAUGCGACGCGUUGCAUUGCUCAAACCCGUGUUACCCAUCAACAGGCACACCCUUGUCCGCUCCCUCCGCCGCCAAUGCACCUGACCGCAUCACUGCAUCCAUCCGCUGAUUGCGUUCACUGCAUGCUUACGGGCGCUGGGCACUCCUGUGCAAGACCCGGUCAUGCUGCUGGUCCUGUGGGACCGCCCCACGCACGAUACCCUCUGCAACGGGGUCUCGAGGGGUCACCCUGUUCUUC